AUGCUUAACUUGGCUGCUUCAAAAGGAAUCUUUGAUUUUCACCUAAAAUGCAAGAAGAUCGGGUUUUCACAUCUUUCAUUUACUGAUGACUUGUUGAUUUUCUACAAAGAAAAUUUUGAUUUGGUUGCAGAUGUUUUAACUAUUCUUGAUCAAUUCUAUGAAUUUUCAGGGCUUAAGCUUAAUUCUUCCAAAUGUGAGUUUUUCACGACGGGUAUCUCUUCUAGGGACUUGGAGGAUAUUAAAUUUCUUUCAGGGUUCAAAUCUGGUUCUCUUCCGGUUAGGUACCUCGGUAUUCCUUUAAUUACUCGCAAACUCACAAUGAAGGAUUGUGAUCCUCUACUUGAGAAAAUAAAACUGCGAUUGCAUCACUGGCAACUUGUCCUUCUAGCCUCUAUUUUAAAAGCAGUCGAUCAACUAUGCGCAAGGUUCUUCUGGAAAGGUGAAGAUAAAACUGUAGUAGGAGCUCGGGCAGAUUCUGGCAUUUCGAGGCUGCAACAAACAUUAGUUGGGGCCUCAAAAGAAUCUUAA